AUGACCUUGGAGCACCUAAAAAGUCUUUGGACGAAGGAGUCAUGCAAUCUCGACCAAGAGACACUUUUUGCUGUAGUCAGCAAUUGGCGAGAUAUUUCAAAUUUGAAAUUAUUAGAAUAUGCAGUACGUGGCUGUAAACAUUUGUGGUUCAUCUACACCGGCCUGCCGAAAGUACGUAUUGGGUCGUCGCGCCGAUUGUAG